AUGGAUGAACUCCAUUCUCUGGAUCCACGCAGGCAGAAGCUUUUGGAAGCGCGUUUCAUUGGUGCAGUUAGUGGAAACACAGGAGGAAGCACUGGGAGUGCCAGUGGCGGAGCUAAAGGCUUGAAUAAUAACGAAUGUACCAGUCAAAGCAUUGUCAGUCUGGGGUCAUCCAGCGAUAAGGAGUCAGAGACUCCAGAAAAGAAGCACUCCGAGUCAUCCAGGGGAAGGAAGAGGAAAGUUGAUAAUCAAUCACAAAGCAGUCAAGUGGGAGGGAGUUUGGAUUUUGUGUCUUAUUCAACAUUAGGAGUAGAAUCAUCUUCAGGACAAUCAUCCUCAGAAAAUGUUGAAGUGUUAACACCUGGACAUGUUGAGAGAGAUGAUGUGGACAAACAAGACAAUACAUACAGGUUUCUGUGUACACAUGCUGGUCAGUUUUGCUGCAGUUUGACCAACCUUGUAUUUGUGAUGAACAGCAAAGGAGAGAUGCUGUAUAAAAUCGUCCCCUGGGAUCUACGCCUCUUAGAUGGUUUGGGUCAGAUGCAACCUGCAGGGCCCUUGUAUAAUAUUGACUGUUUUAAAGGUUCAGUCUCACAACUGCAUCUUCCACAUUGUGAAUUAUUCUCUGGGACAAAUAAGGAGAGUUUGGCUGUAGCACAUUACACUGGUGGUAAUGUAGAAAUAUUGCAGCUACUCAAAGUGACUGAAACUUAUGUGAUUAUUGACAUCAGAGAUCUCUCUCUCUUUGGGCUCAUAAAAAAGAUGUUUUUUGCCUCCCCUGUCCGUGCCCAAGUGCUGCUUUUCCUUCAACCUGUAACUGUUGCACAGAAGGAGAAAAUAAUGAAUGUCCACUUGCUUCCAGGGAAUGUUCCCUUGUCAGAGGUUCAGAGUCGGUAUCAGGAGAAAACAUACAUUGAGACAAGUUCCAUAUGUCAUCUGAUUCCAGGGAGAGAAUACAGUCUGUGUUGUCACCCAGAGGGAUGUGAAGUGCAGCCUCAAAGUGAAGUGUUUGAGUAUAUUUUUGGUCCAAAUUACCAUCCCACGUUUGAAGUGUUUCUGGAUGUCAGCUUUGAGGAGAUCGGGCUGAAUCUAUUGGAUAAAACUGAACAAGGGCAGGGUGUGUGGAACCGACGGCGAGUCCUCCUUAAAGGUGAACUAAUUCAGAAUACAUCAGUGAUGACGAUAGCUGACUGUCUGAAGAGCAACGGCAUGCUUUCACAUGAAAUGUACAGUAACAUUCAUACUGCAAAUCCACGGCAAGAAAAAAUGAUGAAUAUCUUGUUUGAUGUUCUUGACUCUGGACAUGCCAUAAAAGCAGAAUUCUACAGACUGCUGAUUAAGAAUGAACCCCAUCUAGUAGAUGAACUUGAGUCUGGACCCAGCAUUGUUCAGUAUGACAAAACUCAAAGUGGUAAAUGUACCAGUCCAGUACCUUGA